GGGAAUUGUUAAAUGACUGCCUUAGUGAUCAGUUCGUUUGUUUCCGAUCAAAGUGCCGCGAAGCCGAAGUGAGUGAAAAAGUGAAAUUUGACGGUUACAAGAUAUAUAAAGUAGUGCGGUGCGGAAGUUCGCAAAAACACGAAAAUAUUGAAAUAUUUCACGGCAAGAAACAAAAAAAAACAUAAAUAACAACAACGUGUUGAAUCGAAAGAAAACAAAAUCGUGCUGAAAACAAGCGAAAUAGUUGCCAAUUUUCCUAAUAAAUUUUUGUUGGUGCAAUAAAUAAACUUACCAGCAUGACGAAUAGUGUGCGCCCCUUAAAAAUUACCAUAGUUGGAGAUGGUAUGGUUGGUAAGACCUGUCUACUAAUCACUUAUACACAGAACGAAUUUCCCGAGGAGUAUAUACCAACAGUUUUCGAUAAUCAUGCCUGCACAAUAAAAGUCGAUGACAGAGAAUACAGUCUAACUUUAUGGGAUACUGCGGGCCAGGAGGAUUAUGAAAGAUUGCGACCUUUAAGUUAUCCAAAUACCAGCUGUUUUCUUUUGUGCUAUUCCAUAAGUAGUCGUGCGUCAUUUGAAAAUAUCAAAAGUAAAUGGUGGCCUGAGAUUAGACAUUUCUCCAACAACGUUCCCGUAGUCUUGGUGGGUACCAAGCUCGAUUUACGUGUGGCCAAUUCCGAAAAAUUUGUUACCACAGCUGAGGGUCGCCGCUUAAAAAAGGAAAUCCAUGCUCAUUCAUUGGUUGAAUGUUCUGCCAAAAAGAAGUUGAAUUUAGAAAGUGUAUUCGAAGAAGCGGUGCGCGCAGUGGAAAAGAAACCAAAAAGUAAACCGCGUAAAUGUACUUUCCUGUAGUUGAUGCCGCUGCCAUGCUGACGGUUGGAAGUAUUUAUUUUGAAUACUUUAGUCUAUAAACAAAUAAUUUUAUUAAUUCAUAAUGAUAAUUUAAUAUUUGUUUUUAAUGUUUUUAUAACAAUAUUAUUAUAUACGUAUAUAUUUUUAAAUUUGUAAUGGAAACAUAGUUUCCCAUAGUUUGUUUUUUGUUUGCUUUUCAUAAAAUUUUAUUUAAUAUUUUCUCUUUGUAUAUGUAGCUUGCUCCGUUUCCUUUAUGGGGUGGUCCUGAAAGUUAAACAUUCAAAUAGUGAAAUUCUCAGGCUCUAUAUGCCACAUGUACAGAAUUUCCCUUCAUACGAAAAGUUUAAUCUUUAUGUUAUGAACAAUUGAUACAUUCAUUUUCUACUAUUUAAAUUAGUUGAUUUAAUUUUUAAGUGUUAUCGAUCGAUAUGAGGUUUCCAAUUGAGAUUUUUUUGUAUAUUAAUGCGAUGUUGUCGAAAAGGGGCGAUUGCUAGAUGUAUUUUUAAAACAGUACAGGAUUAUCAAACAAUCAAAAAUGUUUAAAAUUACUAUCGAACAAAUCUUUGUAUUAAAAAAAAAAAAACAUUUUUAUAUUUGUUAUAAGCAUAAAUGACCCUUUUGUCACAUUAAAUUUUUUUGUAUAUUCAUUCUUCUUAAAAGUUGUUCAUAUCACGACUCCUUCCACAAAUUGACCAAAGUUUUUUGUACGUCCAUUUCUCUUCUUUUUUUUGUUUUAAAUGUAAAAAAAAAAGUUAAACAAUAUCUGUAAAAAAAUCAAAGAAAAACGACCAUAUAUUAAUAAGUAAAAAAAUAAAAUGGUAAAUAAAUAUUUAUAUAAAUAUAGGUCACUAAU